CCCAGCGCCCGGCGACUGAGCUGGCGGCACACGUUGGGUUUCUGAGCUGGGCCCAUGGAGGCGAGGGCCGGGUGCGCGGCUGGCUGGGCCCAAGAGGGGGGCGCCCCUCGCUCCCGCGCCAAGCAGCGGCCGUUACCUCCGAACCUCCAGGCCCCAACUCCUUGAGGGGCCCAGGAUAAGCGGACACUGGGCGCCGGGCAGGGAGCGCACGGCAGUGGGGCGAGGGUCAACGUUCCCGCUACGCUGCUGCGCUAGGUGUGCCCCGCUGCCUUGCGUGUCCCUUGAAGGUGGUGUCCUUGCAUCUCCCGCGUGGGCUGGGCCCGCUACCCCUUGAUCCUGCGUGGACAAGGGAGGGAGCACAUCCGACCGACAGAGUACAGAGCAGAGUACAAUACGGGGACUUGAUAAGAAGAACCACUAUAGGAUGAUGAGCUGCAGUUGGGAAGCUAUAAGCAAAGUACUGUUUAGGAUGAAUGUGAUUUGGAGAAAUUCUGUUUCCUGUCUAAGAAAGGUGCCACAUAGAUACCAAAGUGGUAAUCACCCAGUAGUCCCUCUGGGGUCAAGGAUUUUAACUGACCCAGCCAAAGUUUUUGAACACAACAUGUGGGAUCACAUGCAAUGGUCCGAUGAAGAAGAAGCAGCAGCCAGAAAAAAAGUAGAGGAAAACUCAGCUGUUCGAGUCCUUCUGGAAGAACAAGUUACGUUUGAGAAUGAAGCUAGUAAAUAUUGGGACACAUUUUAUAAGAUUCAUAAGAAUAAGUUUUUCAAAGAUCGUAAUUGGCUGUUGAGGGAAUUUCCUGAAAUUAUUCCAGUUGAUCAAAAAACUGAACAGAAGUUGCAAGAGUUAUCAUGGGAUCAUGCAAAAACUAGUGCUGCAAAUGGUUUCUCAAGAAUGCACUGCCCUACUAUGCCUGAAGAAAAAAAUUAUAAUAAGAAAAGGUGUGGUUCAUCAGAUGGUCAAAGGAAAGCGGGAUCACAUUUUUCCAACCUAGACUCUAAAGAACACAGAAAAGGACCUCUGAAGACAGAAUUGUUUCCUGGUAGCAACGCCACUUUCAGAAUCCUAGAGGUUGGCUGUGGUGCUGGAAAUAGUGUUUUUCCAAUUUUGAACACUUUACAGGAUGCUCCUGAGUCCUUUCUUUAUUGUUGUGAUUUUGCUUCUGGAGCUGUGGAACUAGUAAAGUUGCACUCAUCCUAUAGAGCAGCCCAGUGUUGUGCCUUUGUUCAUGACGUUUGUGAUGAGGGCUUACCCUUCCCUUUUCCAGAUGGGAUCCUGGACGUGAUUCUCCUUGUCUUUGUGCUCUCUUCUAUUCAUCCUGACAGGAUGCAAGGCGUUAUAAACCGACUGUCCAACUUACUGAAGCCUGGAGGAAUGCUGUUAUUUCGGGACUAUGGAAGAUAUGAUAAGACUCAGCUUCGUUUUAAAAGGGGGCAUUGCUUAUCUGAAAAUUUUUAUGUUCGAGGAGAUGGUACCAGAGCAUAUUUUUUUACAAAAGGGGAAGUCCACAAUAUGUUCUGCAAGGCUGGGUUAGACGAGAAGCAAAAUCUGGUUGAUCGUCGCUUACAAGUGAAUAGGAAAAAACAAGUGAAAAUGCACCGAGUGUGGGUUCAAGGCAAAUUCCAGAAACCAUUCCACUUGACUCAGAAAACCUCCAAAUUGGUGUUUUAACUUUGGCUUUCUCAUGGCUGAACUAUGUACCAUGUUAAGGUACAAACCAGAGGAUUACACAAUACAAAGACUUCUAUAAAUCUUUCAUUUUUGAAAGGACAAUCAGAAGAAAAGAGAAUUUGUAUAUCCUGCUGUUUAUCAUGGUAGCAGAGAAGCAGCUCUCCUUGUUUCCCUGGCAAGCCACAAGACCUAUAUGAAG